AUGUCGCAAACAGAGACAGCAACCACGACCACGGUGAGUUCGGAAGAAGCAAAAAAUGUGAGUCCCUCUGGCACCACAACCACAAAUGCCCAAGUGGCUCCUCAACAGCAGCAGCAACAGCAGCAGCAGCAGCAACCCUCUCAGCAGCAGCAAGCAAAGAAAGAAAAAGGCAAAAAGCAAGUAGAUCCCGAAUACGUCAAGUCUCCUUUACCUGCUGAGAGUAACAACAACAAUCACGGCAAUAGACCUUCAUCAACUGCAACGAGCAGAAAUGCUGGAAACAAUGGCGGCGGUACGGGCUCAGUCAAGCCAUUUCAAAAGGGCGGAUUCUUGUCCUUGUUGUUAUGUUGUACUGUAGGCGCAGGUUCUUUUCUCGAUAACAGCGAUAAAUCAUCAUCUCUCUCGCAACAAAAGAAACAUGCCAAUAGAAAUAGUCGUGCUAGCUCUCAACAAACAAAAGAAAAGACAUCCUCGAAUGCAGUUGAAAGUAGUAACAAUAAAGUUAUUCCAGUUCCUCCAAUCAUUACCAAUCCAACAGAAUUAGACAAUCUAUCUAAUCAUCCAACACUUCCUGCUGAUUCCACUGCUGCUGCCGCUGUAAAGACAUCCACACCUACACCUACUACACCUACUAAUUAUAAUAAUAUUAAUAAUAAUACAAAUACAACUGAUCCUGAUCUUGAUGAAUCUUCGACCUCUCCCAUUUCGCUUCCUCCUCAAACCUCUCCCGUGGGCCCUGUUGUUUGGUUAUUACCUCCAUUAGCCAGUGAAGACAAGGAAAGAAAGUGUCUUGUGCUUGAUCUCGAUGAAACGCUGGUUCAUAGUUCGUUCAAGAUUAUCCCAAAUCCUGAUUUUAUUGUGCCUGUGGAAAUCGACAACCAAUAUCAUAACGUCUAUGUGUUGAAACGACCUGGUGUGGAUGAGUUUAUGCGCAAAAUGGGCGAAAAAUAUGAAAUUGUAGUAUUCACUGCUAGUUUGGCCAAGUACGCUGAUCCAGUUUUGGAUAUGUUGGAUAUUCAUAGAGUGGUUAAGCAUCGAUUAUUCAGAGAAUCAUGUUUUAAUCAUAAAGGGACUUAUGUCAAGGAUUUGUCACAACUGGGAAGAAAUCUCGCAUCGACAUUGAUCCUCGAUAACUCGCCAGCUAGCUACAUAUUCCAUACAUCCAAUGCAGUCCCUGUUUCGACAUGGUUCAACGACCCUCAUGAUACCGAAUUAACUGAUCUGGUUGCCUUUUUGGAAGAUUUGACAGUAGUGGAUGAUGUUCAAUUGGUGUUGGAUAACUCGAUAGAUCCAAACCUUGCUGUCACUUCUACUGCCUAA